CAGAUUAUUUUUAGUCUUGCGGGGGUAGCCAAAAACGAAAACCAUGACUGAGGAGAAGAACGGGCUGACCCACGGAUCGGCAAACAGCGAGAUGGCACCGCAGGAGGAUGGUACUAAGGUUCCUCUCACCGACGAAGCCGGGCAGGUUAAGUUCUCAAGCAACAACCCACCCAAUGGGGACGCCAAGAUUAAUAUCGCCUCUGGCCCAACCUUCAGUGGUCUCACCAAGGAAGAACUCAUGAAAUAUGCUGACGAUCCAUUUUGGGUGCGUCUGAGAUGGAUUCUUUUCAUGCUUUUCUGGGCUGGCUGGCUGGCCAUGUUGGUGAUGGCCAUCGUGAUCAUCAUUCAGACACCCCGCUGUACCCCCAAGGAGAACCUGGAAUGGGUGCAGGAGUCUGCCAUUCUCCGGUAUGACAUCAAUCACCCUAUGGACAUUGACGGCAAGGAUGGGGAAACACCUGAGGACUUGUUGAUGAUGGCUAAAGACCUGGGAGUGGAGACGGUCUACAUAGAGGACCUGAUCAGCAAGUACAACUUUGAACAUAUCAACAAAAUAUACGACUCUGCUGAUGCUUUGGCUGUUCUAAAGGCUGCCAAGCAUGCCCAUCUGCACAUUGUGACUGACUUCGUGGAGUCUCCGGUGUAUGCUAACAACACGUGGCGCCAGAAUCCAAACAUGUCUGACUUCUUUAAUCCACCAGGCUCAGAAAAUUUUGACUUCUUCAACAAGGGUCUUCUUGAUCAGCUGAUUGAACUCUUCAGCACCACAUGGUCAGAUAGGGGUGUUCUUGGAUACAUGGCAAACAUUGGCGAAAAAACACCUAAAAAUGCUACUGACUUCAUCAGCAGCAGACUGAAGGAUGUGAAUGGUGCUGUUGUCUCUGGGAUGGUAGACGUGAACUACAAGAUCAACGACUUCACGCCUGAGGUGUAUCGGGAGUUCCUUGAAAACCACAUUGGCAACAAGAGUGAUAUCUGGUCCUAUUUUCAGUUCAACCCCAAGCUAGCUGAGUCGACCCUCAACCCUAGCAAAGCAAAGUUAGUGACUAUGACUCUCUUCCUUGUGCCCGGGACACCAGUUCUUGUUGGCAUUGAGAAAGACUACUUUAUGGCUGAGAAAAAAUUCAUCAAGUCCCUCUCACAGUUCAGGGAGAAGGAAUCUGUGCAGAUUGGCAACAUGAAUUUUGUUAAUACCACAUCAGAAGAAGUCAUGGCAUUUGCCAGGAUGCCAGUGAAGAAGGGAACCCCCGGAUGUGCAGUAGCAGUUAACUUCCACUCUCGCAACAGCACUGAAGUUGAUUUCAGCAACAUAAAAGGGGUACCAGAGAAAGGCGAUGUGCACAUCAAAGUAACAAAUGGCAUAUUUGCAAGUGGUGAAAUUGAAAGUAUGGAUUUAUCAAAGGUGGUAUUACAGCCACUUGAGGGUCUCGUGGUGCUCUUUGUGCCUGAUCUUUAAAUAUGCAUCCAUCCCAUGCACUAGUGGCUGCCAGUCCCAUAGCUGAGGACCAGAGAUCUUAUCCAUGAGAAACCAGGAUCUGGGGCCUCCUCACUGGCUGCCUGGUGUGGGCACCACAUGUAUUCCUGCAGUAUUGAAUGUUCAUUCCUCUAAUGUGGAUUUUAAAAUACAUUGUUCAUUUUAACUAAUAAAUGAGAAGUAUCGUUUUACUUUGAAAAGUCAGUUUUGCUUAUGAACAAAAAUAUUAAUGCACUAUAGUGCAUAGCAAUUCAUUGCGGGAUUGCUGCGACGAUUACCUCCGUAAUAUGAAUAAUAAAUUAAAUUACAAAUUUA